CCGCGGGGUUGCUCUGCGCUGGCGGCUGCGGGGUGCUCCGUGGUGCUUCCUGCCACGCUGGGCGUGCCUGGGCCGAGCCAGCGCCGCUCUGCCGAGGGCCGUGUAGUAGCCGCUGCCCCGCCGCGGCAUACCCAUGCUCUGGGUUCAUUCAGCCACUGCAAAAGAGAAGACUCAAGAUUUAAAAUCAGGGGAAAGGAAAUCACCACGGGACCCAGAGGCAGGGAUGCUGUCAUUCAUGGCUCUUCACUUUCCUCAGCUCGGCCUGCCCCUCAGGGUCUUGCCGUUCCCCAGGAUGGAGCCCCAGGAAACCAGGUCCUGGCAGGCCCUGUUGAGGUGCAGGAGGCCCAGGAUCUGGUGACAUUUGACAACGUGGCGUAGUCCCUCACACAGAAUGUUUGAGGUUGGACCUUGAGCAGAGGACACUGGCACAUUACAGGAAUGUGACUUCCGUGGGAGUUCCUGUUUUGAAUCCUACCUUGGUCUCACACCUGGUGCAAGGAGACGUGCUGCUGGCAUCAGGUCCAUCCCUUAACUUGGAUCAAGCUAAGCCUUCUGAAAACAUCUUGGUGAACCAACACCAGACGAUGGGUGAAGACGCCCAGCCACAGGAAAUGGCACCCACACGCUCCCCAAGGGCCAGUGAGCCCAGCCCUGAGGUCAAACAGAAUGGGGACUCUGAGGGGAGUGGGGGGAGCCCCCAGAAUCUGCCCAUAGAACAUCACUUUGCAUGUAAAGAAUGUGGGGAUGCCUUUCGGCUUAAGGUCCUCCUUGUGCAGCACCAGAGAAUACACAGCGAGGAGAAGGGCUGGGAGUGUGGGGAUUGUGGAAUGGUCUUCAGGUGGGUCUCUGAGUUCAAUGAGCACCGUAAGAGGCACGUGGCUGCCGAUCCCCUGCCUGGCCCGAGCCAGGUCCUGGAUGAUGCCAAGGAGAAGAGGGAGCAAAUGGAGAAGGAGGCAAAGCCUUUCGAGUGUGAGGAAUGUGGGAAAAGGUUUAAGAAGAAUGCUGGCCUGAGUCAGCAUCUGCGUGUCCACAGCAGAGAGAAGCCCUUUGACUGUGAGGAAUGUGGGCAGUCCUUUAAAGUGAACACCCACCUCUUCCGACACCAGAAGCUUCACACUGCGGAAAAGCCCUUUGCCUGCAAGGCCUGCAGCAGGGAUUUCCUGGAUCGCCAGGAACUUCUGAAGCACCAGCGGGUGCACACUGGCCACCUGCCGUUCGACUGUGACGACUGCGGCAAGUCCUUCCGGGGAGUGAACGGCCUGGCCGAGCACCAGCGCAUCCACAGCGGGGCCAAGCCGUACGGGUGCCCCCACUGUGGCAAGCUCUUCCGGAGAAGCUCGGAGCUCACCAAGCAUCGGCGGAUCCACACGGGCGAGAAGCCGUACGAGUGCCGCCAGUGCGGGAAGGCCUUCCGGCAGAGCUCCAGCCUCCUGGAGCACCAGCGCAUCCACACCGGCGAGCGGCCGUACGCCUGCGGCGACUGCGGCAAAGCCUUCCGCGGGCCCUCCGACCUGAUCAAACACCGGAGGAUCCACAGCGGACUGAAACCCUACGAGUGCGACAGGUGCGGGAAGGCCUUCCGGAGGAGCUCCGGCCUGAGCCGCCACCGGAGGACCCACAGCGGGGCCGGGCGCUGCGAGUGCACCGAGUGCGGCCGCGUGUUCAGGAGGCGGGCCGCGCUGCAGAAGCACCAGCCGGCCCACCGCCGGUAGGAGAUGCUGCCGACUGGCCCGAGGCGGCGGGGCAGUCAGGAGGUGAACGGUUGUGUAGCGCGCAGGGAUUUUCUCGUCAGAAAGGUUGAAACUAAUUUAUACUGCCACCAGCAAUUUGUAAGUGUACAUGUUUCCCAUGUUGCCUAUGGUGAGUAGCUUUGACAACAUUAAUUUGUUUUGGCAAGCAUAACUGGCAUGAAGUACCCUCAAGGUACUUAAAUCCACAGACCUUGAAUAUGAGAAGGAGAAGAAAAACCUGGAUGUGCGGGUGCAGAGCGGAUGUGUUGGUCCUCUCUUCCAAGCUCCCCCUCGGGGAAAGUACGGCACAGAGCCAGUCAACGAUGGCGUCAAUGUAAUGCGAUCCCACCUUUCCCAAAGAGAUCGUCCCAAAGGUUUUCAGCCUGCUUGAAUUUUUAAACGUUUAGUGAUGUAAAUAGAGUACACAAUUGUCCUAUGAUACCUAAUUUAUUUACUUAUUCGUACAUAGUGUAAAUCACAUAUAGAAUAAUAUAUUAAUUUAGAAAGUACUCCAUUUUUUCCCUUGCUCCAUUCCAUGAGAUCAUUUUAUUCUAACUCCUCACAUGCAUUUCUGACCUCACCAUCUUCACCAACCUCAAAGCCCCUCUUGAGUCAUCAGGCAGUUUCAAAACACAUCCGACAGCUUCCAUCCACUUAAGCUGUGUGCCAUGUGGCACUAUGACAGUCACUGCACAAGUCUCACACUAGAAACGUCUCCCAAGCCAUAAGUACAUGCUCAUGGAACAUUAGGACAAUUACUGUUUUUUAAAAUUUGUCCUGUAGUUCUACAACAUAACAACUUAAUGUGUGACUUUUUAAAUGACCUUUAAAAGACUCUUUUAAGCAUCUAAAACUUGUCAUUGUGAGGUCAUACUCCUAGGAUCAGCAAUUGAAUCUGGGUUAAAUUCUCUUGAAUCCUUUUUUCUUAAACCAAUUCAAUCUGAUGACUUCCAUGUGUGUCCCAAACUAGUGUCUAUGGAGCUUUCUUUCAGGCUAGUGGGUCUUGUCCUCAAGCAGCACUAUUUUGUUUAAACUGAAGUAGUUGAGAGAGCAUCCCCAUGAUAACAAGGAUGUCUCAAGGACUCAAAUCUAAGUGUGCGAUACCACCUUUUCGGAAGGAUAGCCUCUCCUCACAGGGCCAACCCUCUUGAGCUCUGUAAAACAGGGGUGAUCACAGGACUACCACUUAGGUUAUCAUGAGAAUGUCGGCACCAUGCCUGGCACAGAGGUGCACACUCUGAAGGUCAUCUGCUGUCAUCACCAUAGUCACUGCUGCUACCUGGGACUCUUUAGUACCAGAACUAGGGAUGGGGCUGUGCCUCCUGACUCCUACUCUCAUUGUCUUUCUCUCAUGCAAUGAUUUAAAUACUGUUGCCAUUUUUCUUGCAUGCAGAUUUUAAGUUCAUCUCCUUGACCAGUUACCAAGUUACCUUUGAGUAUAUUGACUUUAUACAGCAGUUCUUUCUAUAUCAAUUGUGGCGAUCUCUUUUCCAGUUGUACCACUUUGCUCUCUGUAGCAAUUUUAUUACUUUUUUGUGUGCAGGCUUUUAAUUUUUAGAUAUCCAAGAUUUCAUUGUUCUCUUUUGAGUCGUGAAUUUUGUUCCUUCAGUAGUUAGAUGUGAUGACAUUUUCUUCUAGAAUUUUAAUUACAAAUGAAAAGUUGAAAGACCUGCCCCACCAGAAGGUGGAUGCACCAGGUGGGCAGGCUGGAUGGGAAUGGGCCAGAGAAACAGGCUCUCUCCUCAUCCACAGUGCACACUGUGCAUGUCUGCAGGCAGUACUUGACUAUCCGAGCUGGCCACUCAAGCACAUGAGAGAAACAUCCAUUGCAGAUUGGCCCGAACCAUUUGACUGUUCCUCAGUAUAGCCCUAGCCAUCAGCAGCAGGGCUGGGCCUUCCCGAGAGCAAUGGAAUGGUCCAACCGUGGUCUUGGCACCAGCCAGCCUUCCUUGGAGCUCCUGGGAGCCUUGGCCAUGCCCAGUGUGGAUUCAGUGCCUGAGCAGCAGAUCCACCCGAGAGGCAUCUCAAACACAAGAAGACUCACUUGACUGAUGAUGUCACAUGGAUCUCAUCCUCCUCCUAUUGAGUGACUUGAACUAGAAAGGGGUUGGUUUGGUGGCUCCUGCUUUUGGCAAGUCGGGGUAAAUUCGCCCACAUGUUCUGACAUCACCUCCUGCAGCCACACCUAAGAGGGGCAAAGGAUUAAAGGCUCGAAGAGGAACUGUGCCCCUCUGAUGGCCUGCAUUGCCAUGGUGAUAGAGGCUGCCCACACCAGGCCUGCGCUAUGACUUGCCACCACCGUGCCCAGCAGGGGCAAUCAAACAAGGAUGUAGAGGGCAACAAUGCCCUUCUGAUGGCCUGUGUGGCAUAGAAAUAGAAGUGAUCAUCCUGGGGCUUGGCUGUCACUUCCAGCAGCCUCCCCCAAGGGGAAGAGCAACAAGGGCUGGCCAGGAACCUGGCCUCUCCAGUGGCCUGCAGAGCCCAGAGGUAGAAGCCGGCUCCACUGGGGCUGUGGUGUGACUUCCCAACUGCUGUGCCCAGAGGAGUACUAUAGGGCCCAGAGAGGAAUUGUGCCUUCUGAUGGGCCCCCUGAAACUGAGGCAGAACUUCCCAGAAGCACAUUUGGAAGAGCUUCUCAGGCCCCUGUCCUGGGAGGCAGGGUCCCACAGUGAUCGCUGUGACCCUAGCCAGAAGGUGCUCUGGAAUGGCCCCCAGGCCAUGACAGCAGCCCCCUGUGACCUCUCCAUCCCGAUGCUCAGGCUGGAGAGGCACUUGCUACAUAGCAUUCCUCUCGCUCUGUGGGCUUCAGUUCCUGCUGUGGCUGUGAAUCCGUCUGAAGUCACUACCUCUCGCCUGCAUCAGUUCUCUCUCUUCAAGCUGUUAGGACGUGUUGGAUGUGAGUGUCAUUUGGUAAGGACUGUGGACAUCCACGGCAGGUGAGCCUGCGUUUACCUGGCAGCACUCCGCCCCCUCUUGCCUGUUCGCACUCAUCUGUCCACUGUGAUGAAGGAUCCAGAUGCAGUAUUAACUGGAAUUCAGCGUCAUCAUCGUCACUUCUCCAUUUUUUCCCCAGCCAGGACACAGUGUCUCGGCAUCCCCUCAUGCCCUCUAUUUUUCUUCAUCUUUGGUUCUGUAUCUGUCUCUCCAACAAACCUUCUGGAGUUACACUAAAAACCAUGUCAUUUCCGUCACUGUAUUUGCGGGUGAUGUCCAUGCUCUCCAAACGCAGUAGUCUGGCUUUAAUGUGUGUCCUAUAGUUGCAGCGGGUUCCAUUUUUGCCUCUGGUAACUUGGGGGUGGAUGUCCCUGGACUCGGCAUACUGCUGUGUCAGGUGCGAAAUGUGAUCAAACUUCCUGUUGUGUGUGCUUGUCUAUGCACUUGUGCCUACCUCAUUUCAUUUUUCUUUCUAAUCACAUGUAUUCCUUUUGCAAGGGAAACAAAGAGCAGUUGGGUUACGUGGAAUGCUGGCUCUCAUUAGAAAUAUACCCGUUUUUUAUAUUCUGAAAGAAACCCUCCAUGGCUUUUGUUCAAGUUUUGAAUACUUGCCAAAAUUUUCAAAAGAAAGUCAUGGUUUACCGUUUUUGCUGCUUACUAAGGUUUCCUGUUGUUGAUGAGUUGUGUCAUGCCCACUCUGGCGUUUCCAGAUGAAUCCCACCCAAUCACUGUGGGUAUCUUUCUCAAAUGGGGUUGCAUUCUGUGUGCCCUGGGCUUUGGCCCUUUUGUGUGCCCUGUGACCCCCAGCCCCUUCAAGGCCACAUUAAACCAGAACUGAACACCUGAAUCCGGGGCAGCAGCGGUCCUCAGAGCUGGCUGGAGACAGCAGGCUGCGCCUUUUAGGUUCUCGUUUGUGAAGUGUGAACAAGGAAACAGAAGGUCUUAGUUGGUGUUGGAAGAAAGAGGGAGCCACGCUGUAUUUAGAGGAGUUGUCCCUAUGGGUAACACCAGCUUGAAGAUCUGUGAGCUCCUACUGGAUACCCCAGAGCUGCAUCAAUGCCCGCACCCUGAGGGCGGCGUGGCCUGUCAUGCUCUUGGAUUUCUGGCAACUGCCCUCAUCAGUCCACUUGUGUCCCCACCGUAAGUUCCCUUGACUGGAGCCAGCUUGUGUGGGUCUCUGCCUUCCGUAAUCUGUCAAGACCAUUUGCUUUUACCAUUUGGCCUCCUGAGAAAAAUCAUGUGGCUGGGGUUCUUCAUGUUCUGCCAGGCCCAGAUUUCUGGUCCAACUCCCACCUGACCAUCAUAAACCUGUUGAAAUGUGGUACUGUAUUCUGUGUGCUAAGAUGGGUGAAAAUCUAUGCCUUCUAGUCUUGGUGAGUUUGACCAGUGCUUUUCUGUCUGGGGAUUGUUCCUGUACUAACCCCAUGUUUGCCUGUGAGAUGAGUUAAGUCACCACCCACUGUUCUCUAUUUUGGAAGUGCCUCACUACUUCCAGCAAAUCUGUCAGAUUGGGGAAUUGAUAGCUUCUCUGUUACUAGUAUACUUAGAAGUUGAACUUCUCAUUCAUCACUUUAGGUAUUUACUUUCAAAGUAGAAAUGGUCUCUGUAAACGAGGCCGUCAACACUAUUUGUAUGUCCAGCAACAGUAGCUGUGUCCUGCUCCAGUUUCAUAUUUUUGUUGUUGGCGCUCUUGUUCCUCCCGAUCUCCUUGACUUGUCUGUCGUUUGGCACUUACUAUAAUCGGCCUUGCGCUAGAGCUUCACUCCCCUUUGCCCUCCCCCACCCUUUAGAGUGUGAGCUCUUAGAAGACAGGGGUGGCCCUUUGGUGUCUGAUCGCCCUACCAGAUCUAGCACAGUGCCUUGCAUCCAGCAGGCUUCAAUAAAUCUAUGUUAAAUGGC